AUGGAGAUCAAAUCCAGAAUCAGCUCCAAGCAUUUUGAGUCGAGUCAUUUUUACCUGGCACAUGAAGAGCUCUAGCUGCAAACUAGGCACUUGUAACUUAAUAGAUGAGUUUGAAAAGACCCCUAAGUCCAUGGAAGACUAUAAGUUUGCUAUCAACCAUACUGUAGAAAGUACUGGACUAACCCUGUUAACCUAUAUGAAAAAAUAUCCCCUUCCCUGUCCUCAAGACUGGCCCACCUGGCACUUCAUAAAGAAACUAAUUGCCCAGUAAAGCAACAUCUCCUACGUGUCAUUGAUCCUGGAACAAGGCCCUUUCCACAUGAGCCUUAAUGCAGAGGACAAUAUAAUCUUAGUGUAUCAUUUCUUUUUUUAAAGAGUGUACAACAAAGUUUUUAAAAGUGUGCUUCCUCUCAAACCCAAGCCUUUCCAAUCAAACUUAGUAAUUAGUGGAGGCUUGUGUGGUUGGCUAUUCAUUAAAGAUAAAAUUCUAAAAAAAUUCAAAUUAUGUAAAGACAUUGAGUAUGUCUACCUUCUGCACAUUUUAGAGGAAGUACUUCCAUCAGUUUGGCGUGGUUAAUUCAGAUCUGGAAGGCUUGAAGAUUAUUAGUCCUUUAUGUUUCAAUUUCUUAUACUAUUCAUCAUCUGGAACCAUCAUGACUUUGACAAGUCUACAUUUUCAAUGUUACUGGUAAAUGAUCUGUAUCACCAAAGAAACUUAACUUUCCUGACUACUAUAACUUUAAAACGAAAUGGCUGUCACUAUGAAGUGAAAAGAAGGUUGAAAUUUGGCACUCGCUACUUCCGUUUCACAUAACAGAUUACUAAAAUGUAGAACAGAUCCAAGAAACAGCCAUUGGUAUUGCUUCUUCAUCAACCACAACAUCUCUCUUUGAUAAAUUCAUUCUACUGGUACAUGGAGCAAACUCUCAUUAAAACCUGAAAUUAAUAGCUGGGAAGCCCGCUGAGUCUAUAUUGAAACUUUUGCUGCAGUUGUAAAAAAAAACAUUAUAAAAUGAAAAAUAAAUAAAAAACCUCCAUGAAAAAGGCAUUUAUGCAAAUUAAAACUUUUUGAUAUUGUAAUGCACAUAAAAAAAAAACUAAAUCUCAAAACUUAAGGCAAAAUUAGGUUCAAUCUGCCUGCUGAGAUGUUCAAUGAUUGUUGACAGUUUUAGAAUUCAUUUCAACAGCAUCAUAUCUUUUUGCUUUGUUUUGUUAGUUUAUUGCAUAUUCUUCAUCUUUGGAGAUGCUGCAGGAGAAAACAAGAGCUGGGUUGCCAAAAGGAAAGCCACAAUUUCACCUAGAAACUUUCAAUGUCUCAUUAGAAAAUAAAGUGCUACCACUAGCCUAUAAGUUUACAAAUGAAUAUCGUGACAGCCAACCCUUCCCUGAAAAAUACUGUGAUUAUAGCAUAUGCUUCUUGAGAACGGACACAGAAGACAUAAUUAGGUUGCCUUGUUUCCACAUGUAUCAUAGUCAGUGCCUGAGACUAUGUAAUGAUCAAAUAUGUCCAUGUGUUCAUGACUAUUCCAAGAAUAUAUAG